AUGGUGCGGGCGAAAAGCAAUGGCUUUGCUUCCUCGCUGCAUGAGCGUGAGCUUGUGGACGCGUGGGCGUCGGACUGCCCGACUCCGCAGGAGAGUUUUCUGGAUAUCGAGCUUGCCGACGAGCUGCGGCACGACUAUCUGGAUUCGAUGGAUGCGGAGUCACGGAAUAAAAUCCUCUGUGCGAAUGAGAAGGUGAUCAAGUCGCCUGCUGAAGUCCAUGGCAACUCACUGGCAGCUGAGGCCCUGGCUGUGAUCCGUGAGACGAAGAAGAGCAAAAAUGCUCGCAAAGAGUGGAUGCAACGCUUGAAGGACGCAUGCGGAGAUGUCUUGCUGAAGAAGAAAUUCGAGCGUGACAAUAGUGGUAAUUCACUGGAAGCAGCUGCCGAUGAAGCAGCACCGGCACCAGUUGCAGCAGGAGUCCGACCGCCUGUAGUGAAUCCGGAUGAGAUGGACACACUGCCGUUUUUUCCAGGACUUCCCUUGGCGACCUCGCGAGCUUCCGAGUCGGAGCGACCUGCAGUUCCGGGCAUGAAAUUGUAUUACUUGGGCGUUCUCUUCUUUUGA